AUGAGCACCCGUGUGGGGGUGGUUGGACGCAUUCUGUGUAACUCAAAGGCGUGUACAAGGGCGUCAUUUAAAAAACAAACGCCCCUUCCCUUCCGCAUCAAGUACUCCUUUGUCUUGCCCCGCCUCCGCCUCCUCCCCUUUCAUGAAGUGAAGGCCGCGGGGCGGGGCGAGGCUGGCGGGGCGGGGGGGCUGCCUCCGCUGCCCAAGAGCCUGAGCGGGCUGCUGAAUUCUUCCUCCAGCGGCGGCCCGGGCGGAGCCGGAGGGCGCUGGCGGGACUUGGAGCGGCUCUACGCGCAGAAAUCUCGUAUCCAGGAUGAGCUGAGCCGGAGCGGAGGGGGCCGAGGGUCCCCGCGGACGCCCAAGCCCCCGAACCUGGAUGCGGCUUUGGCCCUCCUCCGAAAAGAGAUGGUUGGCCUCCGGCAGCUAGAUAUGUCACUACUGUGUCAACUGUACUCCCUUUAUGAAUCAAUUCAAGAAUAUAAAGGUGCCUGCCAAGCUGUGUCAAGUGCAGACUGUGCGUAUGCUCUGGAAAAUGGUUUUUUUGAUGAAGAGGAAGAAUAUUUCUAAGAAUGCAGUGCCACUGCCAGGAGCGGAGCGUGGAGGGAGCUUGUAGUCCUGAAAUCAUCGGUGUCUACUGGAACUUCGAAGUGCAUCCCUGCCUUGUAUUGGAGGAAACACACUCUGCAACCCAUUUAUUUCUGGCAUACUGUCAACCCAGGUUACACACUGUGCUAAUCCUGCUUUAGGAAAGCAACAUGCGACAAGCUUUGAAGUAUCCUCAAGUGUGUCUGCCAGGCCACAUUGGUCUAAUUUAUGCACUGGGUGUUUUCAACUUGAACAUGUUAGCAAGUGUCUUUUUAUAGCCACGACUUGGACUAUGCAAGAAAGCAAUUAACGUUUUGACAUGCAAAAUGGUAGUUAAUGUCACUACCUAGAGUGUGUAUGCAUCUGUAAUCAUAGUAAACAGGAAUCUUUGGCUUUAAAAAAAUCAUUGAACAUCCUGAACUAUGGAGGCAGCUCUGGUACAGUACUAGAUGGACCAUCUUAACACUGUCUCAGAUAUCCUGUAAAAGCUUCUUUAUCAUAUCUUUCUCUUCCAUUUUAAGGCUUACAUGUAUUAGUAAAUUUAACCUUUCCUUCCAGUGAUCCAAUUCAUUUUCCCUUUUGUUAACUGUCAGUGUACAUUUAACAAUGUAAGCCAAUAUAAUGGGACUUGUUUUUAACAGUUUGUAUAUUUUUUACUCCGAUACAAGUACACAGUCUGCCUCACAUUGUGUGGCUUAACGAGUUUACACAAGUAUCGUUUAGUUAACUUAUGCAAACUACACGGGUAGCAAAUGUGAAGAAAUACCGCACAAGUUCAUAUCAGCAGCAAUAUUUUGUAUUCAUUAAAUUGCCUGGAAGGAAAGCUGCGAACUUUUGUUUCUUACAGAUCAAAAAAACCUGUACAAAGAGUUUGUAGACUAUCAUAUAACAUUAUA